AUGGACGCCGUCGACUCCUCCAACCACUACGAGGUCACCAUCGCCGCCGAGACGCCCUCCCUCCUCUCCGUCAUCCUCGACACCAACCCCCGCGCGUGGGCCGCUCUCCAGGACCGGCUGCCCCUCUCCAGCGCGCUCGCGAGCAUCCUCGUCUUCAUCAACGCCCACCUCGCCUUCAGCAACACGAACCAGGUCGCCGUCAUCGCCGCCCACGUCGACCGCGCCCUCUGGCUGUAUCCCUCGCCGCCGACGACAACCAAGAAUGGCCCGGCCGACGACGCCGCCGCCGCCGCCGCCAAGGACGCCGCCGGGGAUGUCGACAUGGCCGACGCGCCGCCGCCGGAGACGCCCCCUUCCUCGGCGAACAAGUACCCCCAGUUUGCCCAGAUCGAGGCGGCCGUCGUCGCCUCCCUCGACCGGCUCGUCAACGAAACGACCGAGGCCGACCUCGCCGACACCACGACGCAGCUCUCGGGCGCCCUCACCCUCGCCCUCUGCCACAUCAGCAAGGCCUCGCUGUCGCUGGGCGCCGCCUCGUCCGCCGCCGGCGCCGCCGCCGGUCCGCCGCCCGACGCUGCCAACGCCCUGCCGCCCUUGAAGGCCCGGAUCCUCGUCAUCUCCGUCUCCGACUCGGAGCCCGCCCAGUACAUACCGACCAUGAACGCCGUCUUUGCCGCCGCUCACGCCCAGGUCGCCAUCGACACCCUCGCCCUCGCCGGCAACCCCACCUUCCUUCAGCAGGCGUCCUUCAACACGGACGGCACCUUUCUCGCCGCCUCGAACCCCCAGGGCCUGCUGACCUACCUCAUGUUCGGCCUCAUCGCCGACACCGAGGCCCGCAAGUCUCUCAUCACCCCGACGCAGGACAUUGUCGACUUUCGCGCCGCCUGCUUCUGCCACGGCAACGUCGUCGACACGGGCUUCGUCUGCUCCGUCUGCCUGAGCAUAUUCUGCGAGCUGCCCGACAACGCCGAAUGCUUGACGUGCGGCACCAAGCUGGCCUUGGGCAAGUACGGGUCGAAGCCGGCCGUCGUGCCCCGGAGGAGGAAGAAGAAGAAGCGCAUCGUCAACGGCAACGGACGAGAAGAGACGGGGAGCGCCGUGGGAACGCCGCGCCCUUGA